AAGGCCCAACAACCAAAAGCCUACUCCAACCAAACUGGUAGUGUACUGUAGCCUCUUUCUCUCUCACACACACUCCCAAUCAACCGAGCCAAGCGGCCGCAGCCACGGCGGCGCGGCGACCAAACCCCACAGCCCCGCCGCGACCGCCCUCCCGCGCCGGCGAUGCCCGGCGGCCCCUCGCGCGCCGCCGAUGCGGACGACGACGACCUCUCGCGCCUCCUCUCCCUGGCCGAGGCCGACCUCCACGCCGGCCGCCUCCACGCCGCGCACAAGCACGCCCGCCGCGCCGCCCGCCUCGACCCGGACUGCCCCCGGGCCUCGCUCCUCCUCACCGCCGUCUCCGUCCUCGUCGCCGACGAGUCCUCCCACCACGCCACCCUCCUCCUCCCGGACUCGCGGGAGGCCUCGCCCCUCUCCCCCUCCGCCCUCCGCCGCCACUACAAGUCGCUCUCCAAAACCCUCCGCUCCGGCCCAGCCUCCUCUUCCCCCGCCGUCAAGGAGGCGAUCCGCCGCGCCGCCGAGGCCUACGCCGCGCUCACGCAGAAGGCCGCCGUCCCCGUCCCGCCCACCUUCUGGACGGCAUGCGCCGGCUGCCGCCUGCUCCAUGAGUUCGACCGCAAGUACGUCGGGUUCCGCCUCAUGUGCCCAUCCUGCCGCCGCACCUUCCUCGCCUCCGAAGUUCCCCCUCCGCCGGCGGAGGCCGAGGCUGCGGCAACGGCAAACCCGCCGCCGGCCAACAAGUCCAGGACUCAGAAGCGUGAGAUGACGCUCGCGGAGAUGCAGGCCAAGAUAUCCAGGACUGAGAAGCGUGAGAUGACGCUCGCCGAGAUGCAGCUCCAGCUGGCCAAGAAACGAGCAACCAACAACUCAUCAAGAAUUAUUGUGGAGGAGGAUGACGAUGACGAUGAGGAGGUGAGCGACGAGAAAGAGGAGCAGCUGAACGACCAGUCGGAGAUGAUGGAUGUGGAGGACUCAGACUUCUACAACUUCGAUGCAGACCGCAGCGAGAAGUGCUUCAAGAAAGGCCAACUGUGGGCAUUGUAUGGCGAUGACGAUGGUAUGCCGCGGCAUUAUGCACUAGUGGACAUGAUGAUGCCAGCAGGAAACAAAUUCCGCGCACAGAUAAGGUGGCUUGAUCUCCAGCCAGAUGGAGAGGAGGGCAAGCCAUGUGGAGAAUUCAAGGUCGGGAGAGUGGUCACGGUCCAUUCCGUGAACAUCUUCUCGCACCUAGUCACCUAUGAGAGGGCGUCGAGAGAGUUAUACCGGAUUUACCCCAAGAAGGGGUCAGUUUGGGCGCUCCAUGGUGGAAAGGACACCGAUUCUGGGAGGCCGAAGUAUGAGUUUGCGGUGUUCCUCAGUGGGUACAGUGACCUAUAUGGUGCCAGCUUUGGCUACCUGGAGAAGGUAGAAGGUUUCAGGAGCAUCUUUACUCGCCGGGAUGUUGGUUCCCAUGCUGUCCAGACCCUUAAGAAGGAAGAUAUGGCAAAGCUCUCGCAUCAGAUUCCGGCGAGGAAAGCGCCCAAGGGUGAAGGCUCAACCCUGCCUCCUACUGAUUGCUGGGAGCUUGACCCUGCAUCAUUGCCUUCUGAGUUGUUGCAUGUGGAACAGCCGAAAUGACCCAAGUGGCAACAUUGGAAGUAUCUUAGGCGAUAGCAUUGUUCAUACUGUAGAAAUUGUUGGAGGUCAUAGGUUUGUGGGGGUCUGCCUAGUGAAAUGAUUUGGUGUUGCAUUUGCUUCAUCUGCUUUGGAUAUAUGUUCCUCCAUGGUUAUGAGUUAUGACUCCCUCUUCAAGUAGAGAUUUAGAUAGCAGGAUACUUGUAACUGACGCUGUGUUCAAUUCCACCAUCCACAACAUGCAAGUCAUGAAAUGAAUGAUCUUUUGAUAUUGAU